AUGUGUUGCAACUACUUUGGAAACUCCUAUGGGAGCUACGGCUGUGGCCUUGGCUAUGGCUGUGGGUAUGGCUCCCGCUAUGGCUGUGGCUACUAUGGUUCUGGCUAUGGCUGUGGCUAUGGUUCCAGAUAUGGCUGUGGCCUUGGCUAUGGCUAUGGCUGUGGCUAUGGCUCCCGCUAUGGCUGUGGCUAUGGUUCUGGAUAUGGCUGUGGCUACGGUUCUGGAUAUGGCUGUGGUUAUGGUUCCAGAUAUGGCUGUGGCUACGGUUCUGGAUAUGGCUGUGGCUAUGGUUCCAGAUAUGGCUGUGGCUAUGGUUCUGGAUAUGGAGCUUCCUGCUGUGGCUACCGACCAAUUGUUUACAGGAGCUGCUAUUCUUCCUGCUGCUAA